ACACAGUUACUGUGGAGACCUUUCAGAAUAUCUCCCACCUCAGCCUUUUCCUUUCCACACCCAAAAAGGAAAUAUUCGUAAUUGAUUUUUAGAAAAUAUAUUUUUGGAACACUUGGUCAUUCUAUUGUUGCUGUCCACCAGUUCUGGGCUGUGGAGCAUCAAAAGUCUCAACCUUUGGAGUCCGACAGCGAUUUGGGAAGUCACUCUCUUCGGUUUAUAGAUUUGCUUAACUGAGGUUGUGGAUGGAAUUGGACCAAUUAGUCGAUUCACCCAAUUAGUUACCGACUACAGGGUCAAAUUGAGUUUCAGUUCUUUUGCUCUCCUCUGAAACUGAACGAAUUGGUGUUGGAGAUUGCUGGUUUCCUAUGCCAGUCUGAGUUCAGCUUGAGUGAAUCCCCCCUACAAUGACGUCGCCAUUUUAAUUGAUAUCAAGGGUUUUCAGUGAGAGGUUCACAGCUCCUUGAUCAUGGAUGUUCCUUAUGAAACAACACCAAGCAAUGGUGAAGUGGCCAAUCACGGCCUUCAGAUUAUUAGAUACUCUCCUUACCAGCACAACAGUAAAUUAUCAUCACCCUGGUUUGAUCUGAGAGUCUUCUAUGUAAGGAUCAGCAACUUUAUGGUGGAUGAAUCUACCCCCAAGUUUCUGACCCUCAUCCAUAUUCCUCUAAGCCCAGAUACCCUUUUGGAAGUAAACGGUGCAAAAACUAGCAUGUACUCUGAUGGUGUAUCUUCACAUCUUAGAAGGGAUCGGGUGGACAAGAAAUCCGAAGAAGUCACAUUUGUGAAUACAGACAGCAUAAGGUUCACAGGGAGUGUGAAAUUUGAGGUGUUUGAUAAAGAUGAUCUUAUUCUCUCCGGGGUGUUAGAUAUGUCUAAUAGCAAUGGUUUUGUUGGGGAAUCAAAGAACAAUGCCAAGCGAUGGAGCAUGAAUUGUGAAUCGGAGAUCACUGCUGGCACUGGAUUUUUCAAGGGAAAACAACUUAAUGGCACUGAAUCACCUGCACCAAGCAUUGAGGUUUACGUUGCUGGCUCCUUCUCUGGAACACCAAUCAUCUUAACCAAGACCCUGCAGAUUAGUUUCCGAAAGAAGCACAAUAGGAAGAGCACUUUGGAUGCAAUUCCGGAGUAUGAAGCAACUGAAUUGCAGAAAGAUGAGUCUCCUGAACUUGAUACGGAGGUGGCAGAAUAUAGAAACUACAAACCAGAAAAUGAGGAAGAGUAUGGGAUGUACUGGAGGAGGACAGAAUACAUGGAUGGUGAAGAUGGCGAGCUCUCAUGGUUCAAUGCUGGUGUGAGAGUUGGCGUUGGAAUUGGACUUGGCAUUUGUCUUGGAGUUGGGAUAGGGGUUGGUUUGCUGGUUCGUACAUAUCAAACAACCACUCGGACUUUCAAGAGGCGACUGGUGUGAUAUCUGUAAUCUGGACGUCUAUACGUCUAACUGCGUCCGUGUUUGACAUGCGUCCUGGACUGAAGAUUUUGACAGAGUACUGUUUGUGUAGCUGACGGUUACAUGUUCCUUUUUCUUUGUGUUUUGCCCCCAUAAAUUCUUGUUGCGAGGUUUGUUUAGAAGGCUUGACAGGUAAUCUAGUUCUUGUGUAAUGGAAAGGGAUGACAGUCUUUCAUACCGAACGAGUGUAUACAUAUCUAAAGAUUGUAUUUCGUUGUAAAUAACACCUCUUUUCUGAUCUAGUAAAGGUAAAGCUAUAUAGUUUAGAUGGUGAUC